GGGCUCAAGAAAUUGCUGAGGGAACAUCUCAAGUGCAUGGAAAUUGCGCGUCUCCAUGGCUUCUUUAGCUGCUGGAGUCAGGCGCGGCUUUGCCAAAGCCGCGCGGGUGUUGCCUUUGCAGCCGCGCCGUGUCGUGCCGUUGGCGAAAAUGUCCAGGCGGCAACUGGGUCUCACGAUCAAGACCACGACCGGAGGGGAUGUGACCGACUCUAGACUGAGUUGCACCGACCCAGAGCAGCAGAAGCUUUUGAAGGAGAUGUUCAGCAAGGGUGCGGCAAAUGGGCACAACUGGGAUACCAUCUUCGAAGCCUAUGGGCAGAUCAGCAACCCGGAGCCGGCGUUGUCGACUGCGUUCCUGUCCUUGGCGGAGAAGUGUGGAAAGAUCAAAGAGGCCUUUGACGUCUAUGCCGAGUUGCGGCGGCGGAAAGAACUGACGGCCCGGAUGUACACCGACAUGAUCCGCAUUGCCGGUCGGGUGCAUUCCGCCAUGGCGCAUGCCAUGUUGGCGGACAUGAAAGUUUCUCGUCUGGAUCCCAACCCACCAAACUACUUGGCGCUUCUGGAGAUCUACAAAAAAGAGAAAGACGCUGCAGGGGCCAGAACUUUGUGGCAGCAGAUGCGACAAGACGCGGUUCCAGGUUCAGAGGUGAUGCUGUGUUCCGUCAUGUCGGUCAUUGCGAAGUCUGGGGACGUGGCUGGAGCCGAGGCAUUGUUGCUGGAGGCAGACUGCCCCAUCAUCACUGCGCACUUCAACUGUUGCCUAGAUGCCUGCCACGUCGCAGGUGAUGCUGAUUCAGCAUUUCGAAUUCUGGAGGAGAUGAAAGCGGCGAACUGUUCUCCGGAUGUGAUUUCCUACAACUCCGCCCUGGGCGCCAUUGACCGUGCCAAAGGCGGCAAAGAAGAGCGGGAUCGACUUCUCCAAGACAUGGAGAAGAAUGAGGUUCAGCCCAAUGAACUCUUCAUGGAAAGACACAUCGCUUGUGUCCUCUGCAUUCCCCAGCAGGGUGCCAAGUUGACCUCAGAGUUGAUUCAAAAUCUCCCCGAGGAGGCGCAGAACGAGGCCAGAGAAGUCCUACAGAAGAUGGAUGCAUCUGGUCUGCGAUACACGAGGUUGCUGAAAGAAGCGAAGAAGCUGCUGGCGAUCCAUCAGCCGGAGCCCAAAACCGAGCCAACUCCACCGGAUCCGGGGCUCAGCAUGUCGGAGCCACGGAGAGACUGGGUGAAGGUCAGGAGAAAAGAUGACGCUGGAUCCAUGAUAGAGUAUUUCUGGGAUCGAGGAAGCGGACUGACCCAAUGGGAACAUCCCGACUGUCAGGUCAAUGAGACCGUCGCAGUGUGAAGAAAAA